CCUUGAUCCCCGCUAAGGUACUCACCAUGAAAAGCCGUAUCUGUCUCGGCGGACAGGACCCGCUCGUCACUGAGACCGGGACCCGCAGAGCAUUGCUUGACCGCUGGCCCGCCUCCGCCUGUUAGAACCACCGGGCAUCGUCGACGCCGCCGGUUGCCCAUUAAACCCCCGUCCCCGUCUCGAGGUGAUCAUCCCGCAGCGCUACAACGCCCGAACUCUCCGUCCCUCACUCUCAGUCUCCGACACAUUCUACGAACCGCCUCCCACUACCGCUCAUUGCCGCCGGUCGCCGGAGACGCGCUGCACCGCCAGCUGUCCGCCUUCGCCCGCCGACCCCGGCCUGCCGCAGCUUCCCCUUCACCCGCCAGGGUAUAAGCUGCCAGUGCUUGUGUCAUGGAAGAGCUACAGAAAGACAGUGCGCUACCAUCAAAUAGCUCUGAUUCUGAGCCAGAAGCUAUGGAAUUGGAUGACAAUGGAGCAGGAAAAUCCCAUAGCAUCGAGGGAAACAGGGAUUCUCCUAUAGACACUGAUGAAGGCCAGCCAUCUAUGGAUGUUGAUAUUAAGGGAAAAUCAUCUCUCAACGAUGAUGUUAAUGGAAAGUCUUCUUCUGAGCCAUUUUCCAAUCCUCCAAUCAACAUGAGUGUGGAAAGCCUAGAGAAGUUUUGCAAAGAAGCGUCGAGGUCCUUCUUUGAUGAAGUUGGUCUGAUUAGCCAUCAGAUAAAUUCCUACAAUGAGUUUGUCUCGCAUGGGCUCCAGGAGCUUUUUGAUUCGCUGGGUGAAGUGAUUGUUGAACCUGGCUAUGAUCCUUCAAAGAAAGGAUCAGGUAGCUGGAAGCAUGCAAUCAUCAAGUUUGGGAGAGUGAAGCUUGAAAAGCCUGUGUUUUGGACUGGCAAAGAUGAGGUUUCUGUUGAUUUUAAACCUUGGCAUGCUCGUCUCCAGAAUAUGACAUAUGCUUCAAGACUUAGAGUAGAAGUGACUAUUCAGGUUUAUUCUUUGGAGAAAAGUGACAAAUCUAAAACAGGGAAUGAUGGUUUUGUUCAAAAAAGGAACUUCAUGAAUGAAACUCACUGGAUAUUUAUUGGCCUCCUUCCAGUUAUGGUGAAAUCAAACUUAUGUUUGUUGCAUAGUCUUAAGGAAAGUGAGUGCCUGUUUGAUGCAGGUGGAUACUUUUUGGUCAAGGGAAUGGAGAAGGUAUAACUCUGUGUUCUCUGUUGUUAAUGUAUUAGUAUGUAGGAACUUUCAAGUGUCCUUUUGUUGCUGGCAUGGGACUAUAGCUUUCUUAGAACCCAUUCAGAAAACAUGUACAUGCUCAUAAGAGGGGGGGGGGUCCAAAUAUGAUUGUAGCUAUGUAAAAUAGGAUUCUAUUGUAUCGAAGGAUACUUUGGCACAGC